GGGAAAGGCCGAGAUACAUUUAUUUUAAUUUUAUCUGCCGACAUUCCUCGCCGCCAGCCGACUGGCACUCAACCAUCAUGAACCCUUCCGACGUGCAUGUGCUGGUCGUAGAAGACGACGAGUUCACACGCGUGGCAACGAUCGACAUCCUUCGAAGCAUCGGGUACGUUAUCACGGCCGUGGAUAACGGGGGCGACGCCCUCACGAAGCUCACACAAGAACCGAACCGAUACGACUUGGUUCUGUGCGACGUAAUGCUGCCUGUCCUCACGGGCAUUCAGUUGCUCGAGUGUGUGCAAAAGGAGGUGUCGUUGUCCCAUAUUCCGAUCGUGAUGGCGUCGUCCAACGAAGAGAUGGACGUAGUCACGUCGUGCUUGUCGAAAGGCGCCAAGGACUACCUGAUCAAACCGAUCCAGUACAACACCGCCAAGACUCUGGUUCGACACGUGUGGCUGUCACGCAAGAGCAACAACGCGGACGGUGUCAGCACCAACACAAACAGCGCUUCCACACACAUUUGGCGUGACUUGGAGGUGCUUCGAACCAUCGGCAAGGGCACGCAUGGGACGGUGGUGUUGGCGCGCCGGCGGGGGGACGGCGCCGUGGUUGCGGUGAAGCGCGUGCGCCUCGCUGCGACGAGCGAGAACGGGCGGAAGCAAGCGGACAACGAAGUGAUCCUGCUCAAGUCGCUGUACCACGUCAACAUUGUGCGGUUCUACGACAGCUUCAUCGUCGACAACGACGAGCUCAACAUCGUGAUGGAGUUCAGCGACGGAGGUAACCUGCGGCAAGUGGUCAAGCUCCGCGCGCGCAAGGACGGCGCGUACUUUCCCGAGCCGCUCAUCAUGUCUUGGUUUGCGCAGCUCGUGCUCGCCGUGUCGUACAUCCACGGCAAGAACGUGCUCCAUCGCGACUUGAAGGCGCAGAAUGUGUUUUUAACCAAAAAGUACGUGGUCAAGCUGGGCGACUUUGGCAUUUCCAAGGCACUGAGCGGCGACGACCUGGCCAUGACGUCUGUUGGCACGCCCGAGAGCAUGUCCCCCGAGAUCUGCCGCGGCGAGCGGUACGGCAAGAAGUCGGACAUUUGGUCGCUUGGGUGUGUGCUGUACGAGAUGACCAUGCUCAAGCGGCCGUUCGAGGCGCAGAGCCUCCCCGAGAUGUUCACAAAGAUCUGCCACGGCGAGUACGAGCCCGUCCCCGCGCACGCCGCCUUCUCCAAGGAACUGCGGCUCCUCGUACAGCUCAUGCUGCAGCAAGACCCGAGCAAGCGGCCGUCCAUCGAAGACAUUUGCCGGUUUCCGUUUGUCCAGGCACCGAUACAAGUGUUUCUAUCUGACCACGCCGCCGAGUUUGAGCUGGCAUUGCAGACCGAGGCCAAGAUGAACCAGGCACCAGCAGUGCCCGAGGAUAACCACCACACAAAGCAGCAUGUGACGCCAAUUCCGCCGCCGCCGCCAUCAUCGUCCGCUUACGACAUGGAAGCGUCGCGUGCCCACUUGGAGGACAGCCUGCGGGACAUGGCCAUCUCAUCGCAAGUGGUCGGGCUCGGCCUCCACAAACCCACUCCGUUCGACCUGCUCGCGCGAUCCUUCGACUCGCAUCCAUCUCCUCCGACCGAAGCCGACACGUUGUCAUUAAGCGACCGGCUGCGGUGCUUGGUGACUCCCCGCGAAGUCAAAACCUCGUUUUACUCGUCCAUGGCCAUGGUAGUCACGGGGCAGGACCUUGUGGACGCGUUCCGGACCAACUAUGCCAUGCAACACCACCCCCACGACCGCCUCCACGACGAAGAAACAUUGCUGGACAACGCUUACCACGCCAUCCAUGACCUUCUCCAGUCGCGGGCACUGCAUUUGGUCUAUGGCAACAGUCCCCUCGGCAGCGUAGACAAUCUGUUUCGCUUCCAAAUCGACUCGAAAGAUCACGCGCCCCUCAACACGCGGUACCUGACGCCACCAAACAGCAAGCAAACUGGUGUAGGGACCAGUAGUAAGGACCAGCCGCUCGAGCUUUGCCUACAAGUUCGUGCGAUGGCGGCUACGUUGCACAGCAACACCAAGCUGUUCCCAGCGGGUAUCCAUUUGCACUGGAGCCUCACGAAACCCGCCGUGGACGCCAGCUGCCGCCAGUACCGCGAGUUCCUCCAAGCUGUCAGCGCCUUCCACAACGUGGGCAUCUCCAAGUUGACGUCGAAAGAUCGACAAGUGUUCUUUAUCAACGUGUACAAUACCAUGGUCAUCCACGGGCUCAUCGAGGUCGGGCUGCCGCAAACAUCGGACCAGUACAAGGCGUUCGAGCGCGACGUGGUGUACCGUCUCGACGGGAUGGACUUUAGCUUAAGCGAUAUCCGCCACGGCAUUUUGCGCUGCAACCGCAAGCCGCCGUCGGCGUUCUGGGGCCGCCAGUUUGAAGCCCAAGACCCGCGACUAGCCUACUGCUUUCACACACGGGACCCGCGCAGCCUGCUGAUGCUGCUGGAACAGACGCCGCCAUUCACCAAGCCCGAGGAUGCGCCGAUCCUCCAGCCGCGGCAGACGGACACCGACUUGGAAAAGUAUAUGCGGGUGUUUUGCAUGAAGCAAGUGGUGGUCGAGGUUGCGACCAAGACGCUGCGGCUGCCCAAGGUCCUCCGCGUGUACUUAGACGACUUUGGCGCGUCCGAGUCGGAACUCGUUGGGUGGCUCGCGCAGUACAUGGACCAGUGUCCGCGCGACCUCUUGCAGUAUCGGAUACGGUAUCUGUAUGGGAUUGCCGUGUAAAAGGUCGAAUCGAUUGAUUGAUGGAACAAGAAUGCAAGAAACGGUUAUCGGGAUAUGUCUAAGAAGGGAUGGAUGGGGGGUGGCACACACUGACGAGGCGAGCGGCGGCGGUAGCUGAGAUAUGUUGGACCUAGAGGAUGGAGCAGAACCCGCCCUUCUUUUCGACCUUCUUCUUCGUGCCGUUCGAUUUGGGCGCCGGUCGCUUGGCCGCGUCCUGUUUUCGGAUUUCGCGCACGACUUCGAAGAAACAUUCUUCGUUGCGGAUGCGCUCCUUGGCACUGGUUUCCAUGAACGGACAGCCCCAUUCCGCGGCCAGGGCCUUCCCCGCCGCCAAGCUCACUUGCCGGUUGCGGUCCAAGUCGCACUUGUUGCCGACCAACACCAACGGCACGCGGUUGAUGUCCUUGGCGCGAAGGAUCUUGUCUUUGACGGUUUUGAUUUCGUCAAACGUGGUUUGACUCGUGACGCUGUACACCAAGAGGAAACCCUUGCCUUCGCGCAUCCACUCGUCCUGCAUCGUCGUGUACUCUUCUUGACCGGCGGUGUCCAGAAUAUCCAACAACGCCUGUCGCUGGUCGAUCUCGACUUGCUUGCGGUAGCUGUCCUCUAAUGGCAAUCACGUGAAGCUCGUAUCAUUUGGUCGUGCGUGCACAUGUGUGGUGACAUACCGAUCGUCGGAUCGUAGUCUUCCAGGAAGUUGUCUGUGACCAAGCGGAUCACCA